AUAUAAAGAUUUUAUAUUAUAUACUCAUUACACAUUUACUUGCAUACAAUGUGUAUGUAUAUGCUAUUAUUAUAUAUAUCUAGUUGAGUAGUGAAAAUGAAAGCAUUGCCGCUAAAUUCGGAAAAGCAAGAAGAAAAAGUGUUGAAAUUGAAACAAGAAAUUACUCAAUUUCUUCAUAUGGAGCUAAGAGCCUUCAUUUCUUCUUCUUCUUUCAUUAAAUUUGGAACUAAUUCUACACUCCAUAUGUUCCUUCUUUUCAUUUUAGUCCUCUGUGUUCUUUAAAUUUCACACCUUUUUAUUUUACACAUAUAGUUUCUUGAAAUUGAAGUCUUUUAUUGUGUGUGUGUGUGUGUGUUUAGUGUGUGAAAAAUGAGAUUUUUCUUGUUGAAUUUGAUAUGGGGUUUCUUGGUUUUAAUCAAAUGAUAUAAAGUUAAUUGCUUUUUUGUGUUUUAGGGUGUGAAACAUCAGGAUUUUGGUUAAGUUUGAUAUGGGAUUUCUUGAAUUUAACCAAAUGAUAUAAAGUUGAUUGCUUUUUUGGUGAUUAAGGUCUAAAAGUCUGGAUCUUAGGUGUUUGAUGUUCCAAUUGAAUUUGGUGCUUUCUGAUCUUGAUGAUUCUGGGAUUGGCUAGCUAGAAGUUGAAAUUGAAAAAAAAAGAGAGACUUGUUCUGUGUUGUAUGGUUGGUUAUAGAUACAAGAUCUGUAUGUAUAUAUACAUUUUCUAAUCAUGGAUGUUUUGUGAUUUCAAGGAAGCCUUUUUAGUCCCUUUUCUUGAAUGUUUCUGCAGUAUUAACAAAAGAAGAAAAAAAAACAUCAUUUAACUUGUUAGGCUUGUUUGAUAGUCUAACAAAGUUGAGAAACAAACCCAAGUUGCUUUUUUCAGUUUUUGGGUUUUUUUAGUUUUUCAGAUUAUUAGUUUUUUGACUUUAGGAUAUAACAAGAAUUGUGGGAAUUCUGAUAUGAUUUUAACCGAGGGAGGAUUCGAUAUUUGAUGGGAGUUUCUGAUAAUUCACUAUUAGAUUUGAUUGGAAAGGUUAGAUCUUGGAUAUAUUGGGGAACUAGUGAUAUAGAUUCUAUCUCUGGUGAAGUUAAAAUGGCUGAUGAUUGUCAAACCGUGUGUUGUGAAUGCGAAACGAGAGUGUCCGAGUCUUGUCUUGGUUACCGGUGUGGGAGGUGUAGCAGAUUGUUUUGUGAGAGUUGUGUGCAAGGUUAUGGUUCUUUUGUUGUUGUUGAAUCUAAAAGUGGUACACAAGCUGGACUUGAUAUUCGAUCGUGCAAGUUUUGUGUCAAUUCUGAUUUUAAAAUGAAGUUUGGUGGAAAGUUUAGUCAUAAGAUACAUCCUUCUGAUUCACCUCAACAAAGCCCAGAACAGAGAUUUGAUGGGUCAUCUCUAAAAGCAGUUUCUGUUCGCCACUCCACGGGCAGGAGUGAUGAAGACGAGGGAGAGGAUUCUUCAAAAAACACUGUGAGCCCGUAUAGUCUUGACAUUUCAGAUGUAGAUUCGAGUAGUGGCAAUACCAGACAUGAUUUUUACAGCUUCAUGUCUCUCGGUUCAAGUCCUUCUGACAGCCCUUCUACUAGGGCCCCCUUUACUUCCACUAGACUUAGGUAUUCUUUACAGCCCGAUGAUCAGGGAACACCCAGGUCUCUAACUGAUGGUUCUUUCGACAAUGAACCCAUGGUGGCUGUUUUAAAAAGCCACCAACAUGGGACGGAUGAAACCCAAAAUACAACUAACAAUGAUCUGUCAAUAUCUAGGGACCAAUAUGAGCCAUUAGAUCUUGAGAACAAUGGUCUUAUUUGGUUCCCUCUGCCACCAGACGAUGAAGAAACCAAUUUUUUCUCAUAUGCUGAAGAUGAUGAUGAAAUGGGUCCAGCAGGUGAUGUUUUUUCAUCUAGUGAUACCCUUAUGAGCGUUAUUUCUGAAUAUGGCAAAAAUGUGGAGAACAAGAAACCGUUGGAAACUGUAGUUCAGGGCCAUUUUAGAGCUCUUGUAUCACAACUAUUGCAAUCUGAGUUCAUGGAAGCCGAUGAGUGGCUUGACAUAAUAACAUCGUUAGCAUGGCAAGCUGCCAACUUUGUUAAACCGGAUACCAGCCGAGGCGGCAGUAUGGAUCCUGGGGAUUAUGUAAAGAUUAAAUGUAUAGCAUCAGGAAGUCCUAAUGAAAGCACAUUCGUGAAAGGGGUAGUUUGUACAAAAAAUAUAAAGCACAAACGCAUGACUUCACAGUACAAGAACCCUAGGUUGCUUAUUUUAGGAGGAGCACUUGAGUAUCAACGUGCUCACAAUCAGCUUGCUUCUAUUGAGACACUACUGCAGCAGGAAAUUGAUCAUCUGAAGACAAUUGUUUCAAGAAUAGAGGCCCGACGUCCAAAUGUGCUACUCGUAGAAAAGAGUGUAUCUUCAUAUGCACAAGAGUAUCUUUUGGCCAAAGAGAUUUCUUUAGUUUCAAAUGUCAAACGGCCUUUAUUGGAACGUAUAGCCAGGUGCACUGGUGCUCCUAUAACUUCAUCUGUUGAUAAGAUCUCUACCACACGAUUAGGUCAAUGUGAGCUAUUCCAGUUGGAAAAGUUCUCUGAAGAGCAUGAAGCCGUCAAUCAAUCCACCAAGAAACCAUCUAAGACCUUGAUGUUUUUUGAUGGUUGCCCGAGGCGGUUGGGUUGCACGGUCUUGCUUAAAGGUGCGUGUCGGGAAGACUUAAAGAAAGUCAAACAUGUUGUCCAGUAUGCCGUGUUUGCUGCUUAUCAUUUAUCCCUGGAAACUUCUUUCUUGGCUGAUGAGGGUGCUAGUUUACCUAAAAUGAUGACAACGGCGUCUAUGUCAGAGCCGGAAAUCUCAAAUACAGAUAGCUCUAUGCUGCCCAUCUCAGAAGUUAUGAACGCCCCCAGACCUGAUGGACAUGAUGCAUCUGUUGACCAUCAAAACUUGAUAAAGGAUAGAAGUGUCACUACAUACUCUGAUCCAUCAGACGUUUCUUUUGAGUGCUCAGCCCCUGCUGUGGAUGAAAUCAUAUCCGCUGAAUCAAUUGAACAGGAGGUAAUCGAUGGCUCAAAUGAAUAUUAUUCAUCAACAGACAGCAAUCAGAGCAUACUAGUAUCAUUUUCUAGCCGAUGCGUGUUAAAUGGUAACAUAUGUGAACGGUCAAGACUCUUGCGAAUAAAGUUUUAUGGCUGCUUCGAUAAGCCACUUGGAAGGUACUUACAAGAUGACCUCUUUAAUCAGACUUCCUCGUGUCGUUCGUGUACCGAACCUGCAGAAGCCCAUGUGAUCUGCUACACUCACCAGCAAGGGAAUCUAACAAUUAAUGUUAGACGACUUCCGUCCCUGAAUCUACCUGGAGAGAAAGAGGGAAAGAUAUGGAUGUGGCAUCGUUGUCUCAGGUGCGCCCAUGUAGAUGGGGUCCCACCUGCGACACGCAGAGUGGUGAUGUCUGAUGCUGCCUGGGGUCUUUCUUUCGGGAAAUUUUUGGAACUUAGUUUUUCAAAUCAUGCAACUGCUAAUCGUGUUGCUGGCUGUGGUCAUUCUCUGCAACGAGACUGCCUGCGUUUCUAUGGCUUGGGGAGCAUGGUUGUAUUCUUCCGUUACUCUCCGAUCGACAUACUUUCUGUCCGUUUGCCUCCAUCUGUACUACAUUUUAGUUGCCAUGUUCAACAGAGUUGGUUAAAGAAAGAAGUUUCAGAGCUUUUGGGGAAGACAAAAGCAUUGUAUGAUGAAAUAUUUGAUGUAUUACAUCGGACUGAAAAGAAGAGUACAUCUGAUAUUGAUGGACAUGGGGCAUCAGAUACUAGCGAGUUAAGUAAACAUAUUGAGGAGUUAACUGACUUGCUAGUCAAAGAAAGAAAUGUCUACAUUGAUCUGCUUCAACCUUGUGGUGGUGUCUCCGAAAUUGAUGUGUUUGAACUUAACCGCUUGAGGCAUUCGCUCACGAUUGGUUUGCAUGUUUGGGAUCGGAGGCUCUUGCAUCUGAAUUCUAUUUUUAAGCGCAAUGUGGAGGUUAAACACCGGAGAAGUUAUUCUACUGUUGAUGGUAUUGUUGACCGUGGUCAAAUGGUCGAUGACUCAGAAUCCAAUCAAUUUGAACCUAACGAAGACAUUGAUGGAUCUCCUCGCGAUUUUGUCUCUGAGGACCCUGGAUCAAUUUCGUCUGAUCAAUUUGAUGAAAAACAUGCAUCUGAUGCAUCCUUUCUCUCUGACAAAAUUGAUUCCGCAUGGACUGGACCUUUGACUCGACCCGAGAAUUCUCAUUUCAGAAGGUUGACUUCCACGCCUGCUAGGGUAUAUUCAUUUGAUUCCGCUGUAACCCUUCAAGAAAGAAUCAAGAAUCAAGAGUCAAGACACCAUACCCAUAUGGUCAAAGUCAAAGAACCCCUAUGCAACAUACACAGGAGUUACUCACAAGUUUUCCCUUGUGAAGAUCAGAAGUUGGAAUUCUUAUGGAGGACAAAACCGUUGUUCAUUUCUCGAACGUCUUUUCACCCUGAAGGUGCCCGGUUGAUGCUUCCUUACGGUGGUCAAAAUGCAGUGAUCGCUGUUUAUGACAACGAGCCAACAAGCAUAAUAUCAUAUGCCCUUGCUUCUAAGGAAUACGAAGAAUGGUUUGCUGAUAAACCAAAUCUCAAAAGAAAUCAUUCAGUGGCUCCAAAGCUUUCAGCCUGGCAAUCUUUUGGCUCUAAUGAUUUCGACUACAUGCAAUAUGGUAAUUAUGGAUCAGAGGAUCCAACAACUGCCAUUGGGUCAUUGUUUUCUGAAGCCAAAAGCUCUCAUCAUUUAACAGUGACUUUUGAGGAUGAUUCAGGACCUGGAGGAAAGGUCAAAUUUUCAGUCACUUGUUACUUUGCUAAGCAGUUUGAUACUCUUAGAAAGAAAUGUUGUCCCAGUGAAGUAGACUAUAUACGUUCUUUGAGCCGGUGCAAGAGAUGGAGUGCCCAAGGAGGGAAAAGUGGUGCCUAUUUUGCAAAAUCGUUAGAUGAACGAUUUUUAAUAAAGGGUGUCACGAAAACUGAGUUAGAGUCAUUUGAGGAGUUUGCAACACAAUAUUUCAAAUAUUUGACGGAUUCACUCACCUCUGGGAGUCCAACUUGUCUUGCUAAAAUCGUGGGCAUUUAUCAGGUUACCGUGAAGCAUCUGAGGGGUGGGAAAGAAGCAAAAAUGCAUGUGAUGGUGAUGGAGAAUUUGUUUUUUAACAAAAGUAUCUCUAGGGUUUACGAUUUGAAAGGGUCUGCAAGGUCCCGUUAUAACUCGGAUAUGACAGGAACUGACAAAACCCUGCUAGAUAUGAACUUAUUGGAGGCUUUACGCACGAAACCUAUCUUUCUUGGAAGCAAAGCUAAACGAAACCUUGAAAGAGCUGUUUGGAAUGACACAUCUUUCUUAGCGUCGAUUGACGUCAUGGAUUACUCUUUAUUGGUUGGAGUAGACGAGGAGAGUAAAGAAUUGGUUAUCGGAAUCAUAGAUUUUAUCAGACAGUAUACAUGGGACAAACAGCUCGAGACAUGGGUAAAAGCAUCCGGCAUUCUAGGCGGACCCAAGAACGCGUCCCCGACCAUCAUUUCACCAAAACAAUACAAGAGAAGAUUCCGAAAAGCCAUGACUAGCUAUUUUCUAACCGUACCAGAUCAAUGGUCAUUAUGAAAUGCAGCAGGCCUUUUAGUGUAGUUACGUAGAGCAUCUUUACAUUAAUAAGGGAACAUUGCAUAUUCUUCAAGAUUAUAAUCGAUUGAUUAGAUUUGGGUAGAGAAUUUUACCCUUUGAUCUGUUAUUUUGUAUACAAAUCUGGCAACAGCAAGAGGGGUUCAAAUUGCUGAUUAUAUUUUAUUUUUUUCUUUGAAAAAACCUGUACAUGUUGGAAAUUUACUUCCAUAUGAAUUAUAGAUGCUCUCCUUAAAUUGAAAGAAAAUUUGCUGGUCAA